UUGAGCGUGUUGUCGUGUGAGAAGUGAUGGGCUGUUGGGCCUAACCUCUCGUCUCCUCUUCUUGGGACUUCUCGGAGGAGGAAGGCGGGAUGGGUAGGAUGGAGCGGAGGCUGCCAAGAAGUGUUACAUUGUAGAUGUUUCCCAGACAGCAGGUUUUGGCUUUGCGCUCCUGCCGGCCGUUUUGUGAUCUCGGCUUGGAAGCCGUCAGCCAGCUUUUGAGGAAAGUUUGAGUGAGAGCUGAGCAUCUACUGAGAGCUAAACGAGAUGGAGGGACCUCCCGAAAACCUUUCCAGCAACCAUGAUGAAUGCCCAGUAUUCAUGAAAGCCAACAGAGAAAUGAAGCGCCUCUUUGUGGGUGGGCUUGGACAAGGCAUUUCUGAGACAGACUUACAAAAUCAGUUCAGCAGAUUUGGAGAAGUAUCUAAUGUGGAGAUCAUCACUCGGAAAGAUGACCAAGGAAAUUCACAGAAGGUCUUUGCAUAUGUUAACAUCAAAAUAACAGAAGCGGACCUGAAAAAAUGUAUGUCUGUUUUAAACAAAACAAAAUGGAAAGGUGGAACACUAAAAAUUCAGCUAGCAAAAGAAAGCUUUUUACACAGAUUAGCUCAAGAAAGAGAAGAAGCCAAAGCAAAGAAAGAAAAUCCAACCAGUGUCAACACCAACUUAGUGGAAAAGAUGGGAGGAGUAGAUUUCCAUAUGAAAGCUGUGCCUGGCACAGAGGUACCAGGACAUAAAAAUUGGGUUGUGAGUAAAUUUGGAAGAGUCUUACCCGUUCUUCACCUUAAGAAUCAACAUAAACAUAAAAUAAUGAAAUAUGAUCCUUCAAAAUACUGCCACAACCUAAAAAAGAUAUCGGAGGAUUUGACAGAAACCAUUCCCAUAACUGACCUCACUUGGGAAUUGGAAGGAGGCAAUGACCCUAUGAGUAAGAAACGUCGAGGAGAGUUUUCUGACUCUCAUUUCCCUCCCCAGAAGAUUAAGAAAGUGCAGAAGGGUCCCAUGGAGUCCAAGGUUUCUAAUAUUAGUCUAAGGACUAAUGAGGUGAUGGAGAGUAACAAAUCAACACAGCCAAUGACUGCGCACAGGAAAGCCCCUAGUACUGCUGUUCCUUCUAAAUCACUCCAUGUGCCCAGUUCUGGUACUCAGAAACCUAAACACGUGGUUUUUCAUACUUCUGACUUUGAAAUUAUCUGGAAUAAAAGUCGUAAGUCUGAUGAUGACAUUGACUCUGAAGAAGAAUUAAAAGUGAUGAUUGCAAAAGAGGAAAACUUACAGAAAGCUAGGCAUUCCUUGGUAAACGAAUCUGAAAAUGAUCCUUUUGAAGUUGUAAGGGAUGAUUUCAAAUCAGAUACUCACAGCCUUAGUUCUUCAACCAGUUCAGGAAAUGACAGUGACUGUGACUCCAGUGACACAGAUGAAAUUAUUGUGAUGAAGAAAAACACUGUUAAGGUAAAAAACAGUGCAGAAUCUUCACAGCCAGAAAAGUCUAUAAGCAUGAGAAGUUCUUUUAAAAAGAUAAAGCCUUCUAAUGAUUGUGUUGAAGUACAGAAUACUAAAAGCAACAAAGAAUCAGCCCUGGGUCAUGAAGGAAAGUUUCUGAAUCCUAAAUUUCCACCUGACUCCAACACCAGUGACAGUGAAGAGUCUGAGGAAGAUGAAGAAUAUAAAGCCUUGAUGAAAAACUGUCCCCGAGUGAACCUCACUUUGGCUGAUUUGGAAUGCUUGGCUGGCAGUCAUCAGAAGGUUCCAGGAAACAAUGAGAGUGAUGGCUCACAAAACAGCAGCCACUGCAAAUUUAAUACAACCUCCAAGAGUCCUAAGACAUCCAAUGACCUGCACAGUGGCCGGCAGUGCAUUUGUCCUGAGGAGAUUGUGGCUUCCCUUUUAGAGGAGAACACUUACAGCAGACAAAAAACAGAGAAAACCAUCUUAAAACCAAAAUUCCAGGCCUUUAAGGGAAUAGGUGGUCUCUAUGCAAAGGAGUCAGGGGAUAAAACUUUGAAAGAGACUGUUGACUUUAAUAACAUCAAUGAACAAUCAAGGAGCUCCUUGAAACAUGAAGAGCCUGACAGAGUUUUUAUAGAAAAUGGAUCCAAGUGUGCUAAUGGCUCAUCAAAUAAAUUGACUUCAUGCCAACCUGCAAAGAAGGUAAACAGCCCAAACCACAUUCAGUCUCCAAAGAGACAGUCUACUUCUGAGAGCCAGAGCCAUAAAGUCAUGUCCUCUACCUGUUUUGACAAGGAAAGUCAGAAUCCUCUCUCAUGUCCGUUGCCAUUAAAAGGUAAAAAGUCCCUAAGUGUUAGUGCAAAGAGUCACAAGAUAGAGUCUGACAGAGACACUUGCCAUCAGCCUAAAAGUAGAAAAGCAUCAGAGAAAGAGGACACUGAUUCAAACAACAUGACAUCUCUUGAGAAACCACCGAAGGUGUCUUUCAGGGAAGACCCUCAGAAAAGCACAGCUAGUUUCUCACUUUCUGUCAGUGAUGCAUCAUGUAUGAGUGCUAAGGAUAAACAUGCUGAAGACAACCAGAAGCGACUAGCAGCCUUGGCAGUGUGGCAGAAAGCCAGAGAAGUGCAGAAGAAACUGGUGCACAAUGCAUUGGCAAAUUUGGAUGGUCAUCCAGAGAACAAAAAAACACACAUUGUCUUUGCUUCUGAUAAUGAAAGUGAAACGGAAGAGACAUCCACUCAGGAGCAAAACAGUCCAGGAAAGGAGUUGGUGACGGAAUCUGUGGGUAAAGCAUCUGGGAAGUUGUUUGAUAGCAGCGAUGAUGAAGAUUCAGAUUCCAAGGAGGACAGCACCAGGUUCAACAUUAAACCUCAGUUUGAGGGCAGAGCUGGCCAGAAGCUCAUGGAUUUGCAGUCUCAUUUUGGAAAUGAUGAGAGAUUCCGAAUGGACUCUAGAUUUUUAGAGAGUGACAGUGAAGAGGAACAGAAAGAGUUAAAUGAAAACCAAACUAAUGAAGAUGAACUUGCUGCAGAAAGAAAGCAAACACUGAAUGUUGUGCAAAGUGUUUUAAACAUCAACUUGAGCAACCCUACAAGCAAAGGAUCAGUAGCUGUUAAGAAAUUUAAGGAUAUUGUACGUUAUGACCCAACAAAGCAUGACCAUGCCAUUUAUGAAAGAAAACAAGAAGAUAACGAAAAAGAAAGUAAAGCAAAAAGGAAGAAGAAAAGGGAAGAAGCUGAGAAACUGCCUGAAGUAUCCCAAGACAUGUAUCAUAACAUCACUACAGAUUUGAAAGAAAUAUUCCAACAUACGAAGAGCACAGAUGAAAAGGAAGAAGACACACCCUGGAAUGAGGAUUGGGGUAGAGAGGAAACUGAGGAAGUCAGUAAUGCUGCAACCCUGACAAGUGGGGCAGAGCAGACCAGCGGGUUCACGUUCUCUUUUUUUGGUUCAGACACUAAAGAUAUAAAGGAAGACACCUAUAGAACUGAGCCAGUGAAACAUGGGAAGAUAGUCUAUCAGGAAGAUCCCCGCUUCCAAGAUAGUAGUUCAGAAGAAGAAGAAGAAGAAGAAGAAGUUACUAAAGAAGCAGAUCACAAAAGGCCUAGCCCUGGAGAAGCAUUUCCUGUAGAGUGCACUAGAUUUUUCUUUUUCUCUGAGAAUGACGACAGACUUCAUGGUUCUCACUUAUUCUGGAGUGGUGUGGGAAGUAGUAUUAGCAGAAAUUCUUGGGAAGCCCGAACAAGUAGUCUCCUUAUGGAUUGUCGGAAGAAACAUAAAGAAGCUAAAAGGAAGUUGAAAGCAAAUUAACCAACGUCAGCUUUGGUUUUGGUUUUGGCAGAAAUGGCUGGCCAAAUCUC